UUAUAUAGAGAGUUCAGAAGUCUAGGUAUGCUUGCAGGAAAAAAAACGAAUUCCAAAUCGUUUUAAAGUGAAUAAUUAGGAUAAAAAUGUACACUAUUAAGCUCCUUCUUUUUAUUGCUCCUCUAGUUAUUUCUUCCAGAAUUGACCAAGAUUAUUCAUCAUUUGAUUCUGUAUCUCCAGAGCCAAAAUCAAGAUUUGCUAUGUUAGAUGAUGUAAAAAUUUUAGCCAAUGGCCUACUUCAGUUAGGACAUGGUCUUAAAGACUUUGUUCAUAAGACUAAGGGCCAAAUUAAUGACAUAUUUCAAAAACUCAACAUAUUUGAUCAGUCUUUUUAUGACUUAUCACUGCAAACCAAUGAAAUCAAAGAAGAAGAAAAGGAACUUAGAAGAACUACAUCCAGACUGCAAGUCAAAAAUGAAGAAGUAAAGAACAUGUCACUUGAACUCAACUCAAAACUUGAAAGUCUCCUUGAAGAAAAAAUUCUACUUCAACAAAAAGUGAGAUACCUGGAGGACCAAUUAACCAAUUUAAUUAAAAAUCAACCUGAAAUUCAGGAACACCCGGAAAUAACUUCACUCAAAACUUUUGUAGAACAGCAAGAUAAUAGCAUCAAAGAUCUUCUUCAGAUCGUGGAAGAACAAUACAGACAAUUAAAUCAACAGCACAGUCAAAUAAAAGAAAUUGAAAAUCAGUUAAGAAGAACUGGUGUUCAAGAAUCCACAGAAAAUUCUCUUUCUUCUAAACCAAGAGCACCAAGAACUACUCCCUCUCUUCACUUGAAUGAAACAAAAAAUGUAGAACAUGAUGACAUUCCUGCUGAUUGUACCAUCAUUUAUAAUAGAGGUGAACAUACAAGUGGCAUCUAUUCCAUUAGACCCAGCAACUCUCAAGUUUUCAACGUCUACUGUGAUGUUACAUCAGGUAGUUCAUGGACAUUAAUUCAACACCGAAUAGAUGGAUCACAAAACUUCAAUGAAACUUGGGAAAACUACAAAUAUGGUUUUGGGAGGCUUGAUGGAGAAUUUUGGUUGGGUCUAGAGAAGAUAUACUCCCUAGUAAAGCAAUCUAAAUAUAUCUUACGAAUUGAGCUAGAAGAUUGGAAAGACAACAAGCAUUAUAUUGAAUAUUCUUUUCACCUGGGAGAUCAUGAAACCAACUAUACACUACAUCUAGUUGAGAUUGCUGGCAAUGUCCCCAACGCACUCCCGGAACACAAAGAUUUGAUGUUUUCUACUUGGGAUCACAAAGCAAAAGGACACUUCAAUUGUCCAGAAAGUAAUUCAGGAGGUUGGUGGUGCCAUGAUGUAUGUGGGGAAAACAACCUAAAUGGUAAAUAUAACAAGGCAAAAGCAAAGACUAAGCCAGAGAGGAGAAGAGGAAUAUGCUGGAAGUCUCAAAAUGGAAGGUUAUACUCUAUCAAAUCAACCAAAAUGUUGAUCCGCCCAACAGAUUCAGAAAAUUCUGAAUGAACUGAGGCAAUUUAAAAAGCCAAUAAAUUAAACAUUAAACUCAUCCGAAAUUACUGUGGUUUAAAAAUCUGGUAUUAAAUCCCUAAUAGAAGGCUUUAGAAAUAAAUUCUUUAUAUUAAAGCCACUACCAACUUAAUAUUAAACAUAUCAUCACAUCACCUCAAAGAACACCAUUUACCUUUCUCAAUCAAAAUUCUUAUGAUCAUUUAUUCAUAUAUUUUGUGAUGUGCGAAUCAAUUUUAGAUGGUCACAAUCUGAAUUGUAACCAAUGGGUGAAUUUUCAAAUAACCUUUCUAAAUAAAAAACUUACAAAGAGACUUUUAUUUUCAAAGUCAUCAUGUGAGCUAAUUUUACAACUUCCUCAGUUUAAAAACUACUUUUCUUGCUAAAAUUCUAAACUUGAAUAACUAUAAAGGACUAAUAACUGUACAUUUCUUAAAUGCUGUAAUAUUAAUUUCAAAACUAAAAUUCAGUCAGUUCAGAGUACAUGUGAAAAUCGAUAAUAUGAAUCUUAAAACUGAUACUUCAUUUUGCUACAAAAUAAUUUGGAGUAAAUGUUUGGUAUGCUUUGUUUAUGAAGCCAAAUGAAGCAGGAUGAAAUACUGUACUGAAAUAGAUUCACAGUCUUAUAUACAGUAGAUCAUAACUGCUAAGUCAUAUUGACUUUAAAUAUCAAGUACUGCUGUAGCUUAACUUGUUUGUUAACUUAUCUGUACUGUAUACAUAUUUUAACACUUAAUAUUGUGAAAACAAAUAAUUUUAAAGGGAUCUUGUCAGAAUACAAUAAGAAUGAAUGUAUUGGUGGCAUCAA